AUGCAGCUGCUUAGGAUAGCACUACUGUUUCCAAUAGGAUUAAUAAGCCUUUCUAAAAGCGAUGAAGUGGAGACUAUAACACAUACUGUUGAAGCACCCACAAUUCCUGAUGCAGGCACAAUUCCACCACAUACGGGACAAAUACAGGAAAAGCGUAAAAUCUUGAUUGAUCCCAAUAAUAAUGAAUGCCCAUGCACACCAUUCAACAUAUGGCUAGACGUUUUCUUCCUUCUUGAUUCAUCGUCAGCAAUGACUGUGAGCGGAUUCCAGUAUAUCACUGCGUACGUAGAAUCUGCUCUCUUCAAGAUGAGCGUUGGACUUGCAGAUGGUCAACAAACACGUGUUGGGUUUAUCACUUAUGGAGCUGAUGCUCACUUGCAUUACAAUCUAACCUACUGGGAGUCAUCUAACGAUCUGCUGAAUUCCUUCAAUAUGUCUUUAGAAAGAAGUGCCGGCACCAAUAUCGAAGCUGCCAUUCGAUUGGCUAAUGCCAACUUCAAUACUUUUCAACACCGACCAAACGCAAGGAAAGUCAUUGUGAUAAUCGCUUCUGCAUUCGAAAGUGGCAGACAAAACGAUCCAGUUACUGCAGCGAACACUUUUAAGGAAGAUGGAGGAGUCAUUAUUACCAUAGAGUAUGUACAAACGCAUGGAGCUCCUGUACCUAUGUUGGAUCUCCUGGCUAGUCCUGGCUAUGCGCUUACCAAUCGUUAUGGCAAGCUCCAUGUUUGGAGCUUACACAAACUCUUCUGCAGAGCCAACUGCUUCUGUCCCACUAACUACAGACCGUUCAAAUGGAGAGGUGAUAUCCCAUAUGGAGGUUGCUACAAGAUGUCAACGCUUCCAUCUAUGCAGGCACUCGCUCAACGAAGCUGCCACUGGCAUUUCAAUGGGAGCCUGGCAUCCAUAGAAAGCAGGGGCAAAGCCAACUUCCUCAUAAAAAUGAUGCGAUCAACGAACUCAUCGUUUUGGAUUGGCCUCCGUUACAAAGAUCAUGCUUAUCGCUGGGCUUCUGGGGACGCUAUAAAUGAAGGUGAUUUCAACAUGUGGGCAACUCAUUAUCCCGAUUCACAGCAAGGAGAUUGCGUAAAGAUGGAGCGUUGCGAGGAAUGUGAGGGGAAGGUUAUGUGGCUUAACGAUCACUGUGGCAAAGAUUUACUGUAUGCAUGUCAAACAACAGCUUGCAGCACGGACCAUUACUGUCCCGACCUUAGAUAGCUCAAACAUCUAAUUUCACGGUAUUCUUUCAAUAAAGAAAAGAUUGUUGUCGAGAAGUGUU